AUGGUGCAAGAAGGAGAAAGGGGCUUGAUUUUGGUGUAUGACUACAUGGAAAAUGGGAGCUUGGAUAGGAGGAUUUUUGAUUGUGAAGAUAGCAAAAUGUUAAGCUGUGAAGAUAGAAUAAGAGUCUUAACAGAAGUGGCUUUAGGGAUCUUCUACUUGCAUGAGGGAUGGGAAGCCAAAGUUAUACAUAGGGAUAUUAAGGCUAGCAAUAUCCUACUAGACAAAGAAAUGAAUGGAAGACUGGGGGACUUUGGGCUCGCCCGAGUCUAUGGCCCCGGACAAGUGGCUAGCACAACAAAGGUGGUCGGGACUGUGGGGUAUCUAGCACCUGAGGUGAUCAAGAGUGGUCAGGCAUCAACACAAACCGAUGUGUUUGGAUUUGGCAUCUUGGUUUUGGAGGUCAUGUGUGGGAGGAGGCCAAUUGAGGAAGGGAAGCCAUAUCUGGUAAGUUGGGUGUGGGAAUUGAUGGAGCAAGGGAAAAUAGUUUAUGCGCUUGAUGAGAGACUAAGGGCUACAGGAGGAUUCGAUGAGGAACAAGUGGAGAUGGUUUUACAAUUGGGUUUGUUGUGUGCACAUCCAGAGGCACAUGCUAGGCCCACAAUGAGACAUGUUUUAACAGUUUUGGAGGGGAAGAAAGAGACAGUUGAUGAGCCUGAAAAUGAGAACAUGGGCAUCCACUUACUUGAGGAGAUGAAGUCUAGGGAGAUAUGGUUUAAUAGUGCGGGUGGUGGUUCAUACUUGACAUUUGAACAAUUUAGACAAUCUUUCUCAUCUUCAAUUUCCCUUGCUCAUUGGAGUAAUUCAACUAUGGAAGCCAGGUGA